AAAAUGAUGGCUGGAAGUUGAACCGUUUCGACACCUUCAAUUUUAUAUUAUUCCAUUUUUAUUACGAUAAUACAGUGAAGCACACGAAAUCGAUCUGUGUAAAACAUAAAAUUCAUAAGCAUUUUGUAUAGAAAAUUAUUUGCAAGGAUUUUGUCAGGAUUUUCAAAAUUUUGCCAGUAAAAUGCAAGGAUUUUGAAAUGAAUUUGCAAGUAAUUCCACAAAUUCAUGUGGCAGCACUGUUAGCAGUGUUAGCACAAAGCAAGGAACGCUACGAAGGCACGGAAAGAAAAAGAGCAAUUUAACCUCAAUACCCUCUUUACCAAACAAAAGUCAUUUUAGCGGGAAGUUUAUUCACCAAAAUUAUGAGUGUUACUAGUGUUAGGCAUUUUCUUUGUUUCAGGUGAAAAAGCUGAAAGAUACACAGAGUGGUUAAGUACAAUAAUACGUAUCUGCUUGUUUUGAUUCAUUCUAUGUGGAAAAUCUAGUAUUGGAGUUGAAAUACUUGUGUUAGAAUGGCUGACUUCAAUUCACUUUGUGAGAAAUAUUUUGGAUGUUGUGAUUUCUAUGAAAUUUUGAAAGUAGAUCGCAAUGCGUCCGAAAAAGAAAUAAAAAAAGCCUACUACAGGUUGUCACUGCUGUUUCAUCCUGAUAGAGUGGAUGAUGACCACAAAGAGAUUGCUACAGAGAAAUUCAAGGCCCUAGGAAAGAUCCACUCUAUCCUACAGAAUCCAGACAAGCGCAAUCUGUAUAAUGAAAGUGGACAAUUUGAUGAUGAAAUGGACACUUCCUUCAAUUGUAUGGACUAUUGGAGAAACAUGUUCAAGAAGAUUGAGAUAAAGGACAUACAAAAGUAUGAACAAGAGUACAUUGGCUCAGACACUGAACUCAGAGACAUAAAAAGAGCAUAUGUUGGUGGAAAAGGUAAUAUGGAUGUCAUCUUGGAGAUGGUACCAUUCUCUAAUUGUGAUAGUGAGCCUAGAAUAAUAGAUAUAGUGCAAAAAAUGGUUGACAAUGAGGAAGUUGAAUAUUACAAAGCAUUCUUUAAUGAGAGUAAGGCAAAGAAAAUGAGAAGACACAGAAAGUAUGAGAAAGAAAAGAAAUUAUCUGAACAAAUUGACAUGGAAGAACUUGAUAAGCAAAUUGAAGCAAACAUGCAAAAAAGAGUGGCAGAGUUUGAUACAUUUAUUUGUGAUUUGGAAGCAAGAUAUGCUCCUAAAACCAAGAAGAAGAGGCUUAGUAUUACUGAUGCAAAGAAAAAGAACAAAAAGUCCAAGUGAAUUGUUAUAUUAUAGUGAUUCUGAGAUUCUGUGUACAACAAUUAAUGGUUCCUUUAUGGUUCCUUUUCAUUAACUGAUGGAUAAAAUGUAUUUGUCAAGUUUUGAGAAGUUGACAAAAAACCGGACAGCAGAACUUGAUAAAAUGUCUUGUGACUCUUAGGCCUGUUCGUUUGUGCUUGCUCUACCUGCUGAACUUGAUUUUUUUCUAUGACUUUCUCUGUUUACAUCAUGCCAUGGACAGAAACAACUAUGGAAAAAAUAGCAACUUCAGCAAUACAAACGAACAGGCCUCUUGUGUCAUGGUUUUUUUUUGUAGUUCUUCAUCUUCAUGGUACUAGUACUACUC